AUGGCCGACGGUCGUGUGGCGGAGCUCAUGUCCAUCACCAAUCUGGAUCCAGAAACGGCCAAGCAUGUCCUCGAGGCUGCCAAUUAUGACAUGUCUCGCGCAGUGGAACUAGCCUUCUCCAUGGACAGCAGCGGCCAGCCCCCACAGCAAACAGCAAAGCUUGAAGAUGAGGUUCGCGCCCCCAUCGAGGCACGCCAUGACACGCUGCUCGGCCCUGCCGUCGGCAUGCUGUCAGCCAAUCCUCGAAGCAUGUUGGCUUCGGUGGCCACGGACCCCUUUCGCAUGUCCCAGUCUCGCGCAGCCCGAGCUGACGGUUUUCGAGCCCCCAUGAACGGAUCUGACUCGUCGCAUUUGGCCGCACUCUUUGAACCUCCUCUGGACCUUCUCUUUCAUGGCGACAUUCUCUCGGCACGACGCUUAGCCGAGGCCGAAAGCAAGGACGUACUCGUCAACAUUCAGGACCCACAGCAGUUUGCGUGCCAAGCACUCAAUCGAGACUUGUGGAAGGAUGAUAUGAUUCGGAGCAUUAUACAGGAACGCUUCGUCUUUUGGCAACACUACUAUGAUUCGGAGGUUGCCAGCAAUUACAUGCGCAUGUAUGAGCCGGUUCAUGACUUUCCCUAUGUGGCCAUCAUCAGUGGUGUCACCGGGGAACUUCUCAAAGUUUUCUCACCGCCCAUCACCAAGGACAAGCUCGUGAGCUACGUUUUCGACAGUGGCCAGCGCACCCCACGCCAACCGGCAGCUUCGACCUCUCGGCCAGCUGCUGCAACUCGGCCUGCCAAGCACAACGUGAUUGACCUAAGUGAAGACGAACAGCUGCGUCUAGCAAUGGAGGCUUCGCUUUCCGAUGCCAAUGGCACCGAGGCCAUCGUCAUUGAAGAUGACGAGGAUGAAAACAACGAAGGCGAAAAUGAAGCGAGCGAGGAUGAGGUCGAAGUGCGCACAAUUGAGAAAGAUGCCCUGCCCUCGUCGACGCCGGCACCGCAGGCGACGCAGCCAGCGUUCACUGAUCCAGAGCCGGCCAAGGGAGAGCCAGGCACUUGCACCAUUCGCUUCGUAUUUCCCAACAACAAACGCGUCACGCGAAACUUCUACCUGACGGAUACACUCAACACCUUCAUGCGGUUUCUGGCAACAACAGAGGAAGCAGAACAAACUCCAAAACGGCUCGUGGCGGGUCGCCCUUCGCAGAACUUGCUUGAACAUGACCUGAACACACCCCUCAUGGACUUUGGUUUCCGCAACGAUGUCGUUCGGAUUGAUUAUGAAGCAUAA